AUGCGAGGCCAGACCAGUGGGGGUGGUCCAGAGAAGCCCUACUGGGCCAGCAAAUUCAGAUUUCAGAUAGCCCGGAGACAAGCUGAAGCAAAUAAGCAACAUGUAAGAUGUCAGAAAUGCUUGGAAUUUGGACAUUGGACUUAUGAAUGCACAGGAAAAAGAAAAUACCUACAUAGGCCUUCAAGAACAGAACUAAAGAAAGCUUUAAAAGAAAAAGAAAACAUUAUUAUUACAACAAAGCAUUGGAGAAGCUAAUGUAGAAAGAAAGACGAAGAAAAAAAAGUUACACUUAUCUGAGGAGCAUCAUUCUAGAGGAACUUAAAAAGGAACAAAAAUGUUGAAACUACUUAGGAAUCUUGGUGCCUUUGGAUAAAUUCAGUAGAUCUGAAAACAGUCAUUUAAAA